AAAACCUCAAUUCACAAAUAUAUAUCAUCAAAUCACCAUUGAUGAUGGCAGCUAAGGCUAGGAUUUCUGCAGCUAUUUUACUAGUUUGCAUUAUCCUUCCUUUGCUAGCCUCAGCAUUUCUUGAUCAUCUUCCUGAAGUUCUAGAACAUGAUUCUAGAAUUAAAGAUGUAACAAUCCGUGGUGAUAAUAAUAUUGUUGGUGCCAAUGACAAUGACUUUACUCUUCCUCGCUCACAUGAGAAAAAGAAUGAAAGAUCCUUAAAAGAAAAGAAGUCAAAGAAGAAGAAGCAUAAGAAGAAGAAGAACAAGAAGGGAAAGAAAUCACACAAAGAUAAAACUUUCGAUUUUGACCAUAUUUUUGGAGGAAACCAACAAGAAGGAGAUGAAUUUUCCCCUUAUUUGCAACCAGUUGAUGCGCCUCAAACAAUAGAAGAACAAGAACAGGCAGAGAAUUAUGAUGGAUUACGAGAGGGAUUUUACCAGAAAACAUGUCCUCAUGCAGAGAAUAUUAUAAGAAAUGGCCUAAUCAGGGCCUUUCAGAAUGACUCUACCAUUGCUGCUGCAUUUCCUCGCCUUCUCUUGCAUGAUUGCUUUGUCAAUGGAUGUGAUGGGUCGAUAUUACUAGAUACAACACCCAGUGGUGCAAGAGUGGAGAAGUUAGCAGGGACAAAUGGUGCUACAGUCAAGGGAUUCGAACUCAUAGACGAGAUCAAAGACGAGCUCGAGAGACAAUGCCCUGGCAUUGUCUCCUGCUCUGAUAUUUUGGUAUAUUUGUCGCGCGAUGCCUUUGUUUUAUCAGGCCUCCCCAAUUACAACGUGCUAGGUGGUCGACGCGAUGGCAUGGAAUCCAAUGAAGCAAACAUUGUUGGAAACCUACCACUUCCUGGCGACACAGUGGAUCAAAUGAUUGAUCUUUUUCAAAAGAAAGGCCUAAAUUCGGAAGAUUUGGUUGUCCUAAUUGGUGCACAUUCAAUUGGAGUAGCCCAUUGUUUCAACUUCCUUUAUAGAUUGGAUGAACCUGAAAAGGCACAAAUGUUAGAUCCAAGGCUUGCUGGAGUCAUGAGAUUUAUGUGUACGAACCAAAUGAAUACCUUACCUUUUGAUCCCACAACACAGUACAAGAUGGAUUCAAUUUUCUACAAGCAACUAAUGAUAAAGAAAGGGUUGAUUGAAUCGGAUCAAAUAUUGGCUCAAGAUAUUAGAACGAGGGGCUUUGUGCAAAAGUUUGGUGAUGAUGAAAUGGGAUGGUUUGAUAAGUUUGGUAAGGCUAUGAAUAAAUUGGGAGCAAUUGAAGUGCUCACUGGAAACCAAGGCCAGAUCAGGAGACAGUGUAGAGCUGUUAACUGAAAAUUGGAUAUAUUUAGUGCUUUAAUUGGGAAUUUAUAUAUAAUCUCUUCCAAAAACUAGGUAGGGAAAUUGAUGAUUUGUCCAACUGCUUGCAUAUUUCGAGUGUACGGACAAUAACUAUAUUUGAAGUUGUUCGACCAAACAAAAUCAUAUAUUCUGAAGAUGUUAAAGAAUGUGUGUAACAUGUAUGGUUUCAAACAAUUACACUAUUUAGUAAAAAAAAAAAUUGUGAAAUACAAUAAUUUCACGACACAUUGGCAAGAAA